AUGCAAUCAUCCAUGAAAGACGGUACUCCCACUGCUCAGGAAGAUCUCGAAGAGGAGGUAAACAAGAUCUCUGCGCGCAGACUCGGUGGGAUCACACAAUUCUGGAAACGAAAAGACGAACAGAAUAGUCCUAGCUCCACUCAGCAGACACUGAUGGUAUCAAAAUCGCCUGAAGAGUUAGCCCGUGAACUUGAUGAUACACCUGAGUCUUUUGAGUCUGCUAAGUCUGUCCCAUCAGGAGGUCUUGAACGGUUACACCUGUCGAUGAAUCAUUACGACAGCGAGUCCGAGAAGGGGGAAAUCGAGCAUCAAGACACCCCUCACCCUACCACGCCGACAGAAAUUCCUUCGCAACCUGCCGAGCCAGCUGUGGUGAACGAGAAUGUAGGACCCAUGCUUGCCGAACCGACCCCCCUCGUGUCAGAUUCUACGGCCUCUAUGGUGGAAGAUGUAGCUGCGACAACGCCAACAACCGACAACAUGGCUUCCUUGUCUCGGCCUGUGAUUGCAUCCUCUGCGGCAAAUGACUCACUUCCGCCACAACAGGGAAAUAAUCAGUCUUCUUCGUUGGUUGUACGUCUGGUGGUACCUCCACAAGCCUCCGAAAAUUCAUUGAAAGAGCCAGAGAAUCAGCAGCAAGAUGGGUUCGAAGCUCAGUCCGGCAGUGAUGAGCCUGGCAGGGGACAGGUCUUGUUAGUAAGUGAGGAUGUCAUGGAAGACACGGAGACCAUUAGACGAGAGCGUGAGGCUUCGAGCCCCCUUCGAAAAGUGGAGUUUGAGGAGCAUGGGCCGUCAUCAGCAGGGUUAGACGAUACGGAACAAAGAGACGAAGAUUUCGAGCCUGAAAGGAAAAGGAGAAAGAGGGGUGACGCUCAAAGAGAACGAGAACAAGCUGUUGCCGAAUCAGACAAUGUCACGAUACAUGAGGGCACCAAACGGUGUUGGAGAUGUCAAUCUCUUGAUCUCAACUGUAUGGUGGUGCCCGGGAAGAAAAAGUGUAUCCACUGCUCUCAAGAAUGUUCGUUAGCACCGACCACACAGUCGAAUUUUGAGCGGACACUCUUGCAGCAGGUAUACAGCGGGUUAGAAGGUAGCUUAGGGCUAAUUGAGACUGACAAGGUGGAGAAAUCUGCAAGAGUUCAAGCCACGGAGUCUUUAACCCAAUCGUUAGAACAUUUGGCAACUGUCGGGGUUCGAGGUGGAUGUCUUGUGGAUGAGAAAACUGUCAAAGAGUAUUUGAUCUCGAUGAUCCUCAUCGGGAUGAGCAAUACAUACAUCAAGGCAAGCUGUUUCGGUAGGGAGAGUUUGACAACUAUAAGUCCUAACAACGCACUGUUUGGCGAAAUUCUCGGUCACUUCUACAUAAUCUCGAUGAUCUUCAUCGAGAUACUCGAUUGUCAAUUGACAUCUCCACCUCCGGCCGACCCGGCCGAGACUUGA